UCAUUCGAGUUUUGAUGGUGCCGCCAUAACAUACGCAUGUUUUAUAAUCAACAAAUUUUACCUCGAUAAAUGUGAUUUAACCCAAGUAUAAAAAAUUAGUAAUUAUCGUUAAAAGACAGAUUAAUUGCUAAGACUCUUGCUAAUUAAAGUAGUUGAUUUAUUUGUAAAUAAAUAAGUAUUAAAAACUUAAAUCGUGUGAUAAAUUUGUUGUAAAUUAAAUAAUUUACAAAGCGUCGAUAGUUUGAAAUAGUGUUUCAAUUUUUUAAAAUAAGCUUGUCACUUGCUUGGAGAUUAUUAUUCAUUAAUAAGAAUUGAUUAAUAAGUUAAUUAUGUCGCAUUUAAGAUUUCAAAAAGAAUUGAGCAACAUAACCCGCAUGGACGACGCAAUCAAAGGACCUGUACCUCGUUGGCAGAAAAAAUGUCUAGAAACAUCCACCAACAUGAGUUUGUCAUUAAACAACUCGAGGAAGCCCAUGAGCACCAGCUCGAUGAUGAAUGUUAUCGCUGGCAAGACACCAACGAAACGUACGGAAAUACGGAGCAAGAAGACUCCGAAAAGCGGAAAAAAAUCACCGAGUCGUAAUGCAACGACUCCGAAGACUCCAAGUGGUGGUGACAGAUUUAUACCUUCGAGAACAACGACAAACUUUGACCUGGCCUACCACAAGCUCCAACAGCCCAAAUUUGACCAAGACGCCGACAAAAGUGAGACCAGCCCAUCAAAAAAAGAGAUGCAGAGACUGAUAGAGAACAUGACUGGCAUGGACAUUAGCAACCACCGAUUGUUGUCCUACCAAAAUAAAGCGCCAGCUCCACCAGAGGGCUACCAAAACCCUCUGAGAGUCGUCUACAGUCAAUCCAAGACUCCAGCGAGUGUUAAAACAUCAACGCGUUACAUCCCACAGGCUCCGGAUCGUAUUCUUGAUGCUCCUGAAAUAGUUGAUGACUACUACUUAAAUUUAGUCGACUGGUCUCCAAAUAACAUCCUGGCAGUCGCUCUCGGCACGACCGUCUACCUCUGGAACGCUGCCACCGGGACAAUAGAACAGCUGUUUGAACUAGAAAAUAAUGAACUCAUUUGCUCAGUAGCUUGGAUACAAGAGGGUCCAUACCUAGCAGUUGGAAUGCCUACUGGUAACACCGAGCUCUGGGACUGCAGUCAAAUGAAACGUGUUCGUAUUAUGAACGGACAUGCAGCACGUGUUGGUUCUCUGGCUUGGAAUUCUCAUAUUCUUACUAGUGGAUGCCGAUCCGGACAGAUUGUGCAUCAUGAUGUACGACAACGUGAACACAUAGUAGCAGGUGUAAACGGACAUAGCCAGGAAGUUUGUGGUCUCAAGUGGUCACCUGACGGUAAAUAUUUGGCAAGUGGUGGCAAUGAUAACAUGCUGCAGAUAUGGUCAGUCGUCGGUGGACAUCAUCACGCUCAUGAUCAAGCUCUUUACUCAUUCAAUCACCACCAAGCCGCUGUUAAAGCUCUCGCUUGGUGUCCCUGGCAAACAAAUAUUUUAGCCAGUGGUGGUGGUACCGCUGAUAGGACAAUUCGUUUCUGGAAUUGUAACAAUGGUUCAUGUUUAAAUACAAUUGAUACCAAGUCGCAAGUAUGUUCAUUACUCUGGUCAACGACCUACAAAGAAAUAGUAUCAGGACAUGGAUAUGCCCAAAAUCAGCUGACAAUAUGGAAGUAUCCCUCAAUGACCAAAGUUGCCGAGCUGACUGGACACACCAGCAGAGUUUUGCAUCUAGCGAUGUCGCCAGACGGAACGACUGUGCUCAGCGCCGGUGGAGACGAGACCUUAAGACUCUGGAAGUGUUUCCAACCGGACCCUCACAAGAAAAAACAGCACACUGAAAUAAAAUCCGUGGCUUCUAAAUUAAAACAAUCUAUUCGAUAGUGCCUAUAUAUAUAUAUUUAUAUUUUUAUUAAUAUUUAUAUAUUUAUAUUUAUACAUUUAUUAUUUAACCUAACAGCGAUUCUCUAGUAAAUUCAAUUAAAAAUUUACUACUGAGAAUCCGAAGAGAACUAGCUAAUUAUCAUUAAUUAUUAAUAACUUUUUUUUUUAAUGAAUUUAAUGUACGUCCAUAAAUGUAAAGACGAGAAAAAUAAAUAGCAUGAAU